AUGGUCAAAGUCCUUCAAGCCCUAGCUGUGCUUUCAGCAGCCGCCCUCACUACCGCAAACCCAGUAUACAGAAGACAAAAUGCUGGUGAAAGCGUGUUACGAGGCGUGAACAUUGGUGGAUGGUUGCUCAUGGAGCCUUUCAUCACUCCAACCGUUUUCGACGACACACUCGAUGAUCAAAUUGUCGACGAAUGGACAUUCGGUGAAAGACAAGACACAGAGGUUGCUACUCAAGCCGUAAAUGACCAUCUCGAAAAUUUCAUCACCGAGGAUGAUUUCGCUCAAAUCAAGGCAGCUGGCUUAUCACACGUUAGAAUCCCAGUUCCACAUUGGGCAUUCGACAAGAAGGAUUUUGAGCCAUUUAUUGUCGGCAACAGACUUGAAAAACUCAGAGAGGGGUUAGGAUGGGCUCGUAACAACGGACUUAUGGCAUGGAUUGAUCUGCACACUGCUCCGGGUGGACAGAAUGGAUUUGACAAUGACGGCCAACUACUUCCACAAGGUCAAUGGCACAAAGACCAAGCCCAAGUGGAACGCACUCUGCAAGUUAUCCAAAUGAUUACUGAUGAGUUUGCAACUCCAGAGUACGCAGACGUCGUUGAAUCUAUUGAGCUGCUCAAUGAGCCAGCCACCUUCCAGGACGAGGCAAUGAUGCCAGUCUUGAAGAACUACUACCAAUCCGGGAACGACAUCGUCAGCGGCAACGGCGCUAACGCUAGCGUUGUUAUCCACGAUGGUUUCAAGGAAGACCCCCACUUCUGGGAUGGCUUCUUAGAUGGCACUCAACUCGACGUCCACAGAUACCAGGUCUUUUCACCUGCAGCACUCAAACGCACUGACCAAGAACGUGUUUCCACUGCCUGCUCAUACAAGCAGCCACUCCAGCAAGUUACUAACCAGCACCACUUUGCCGUCGUUGGUGAGUGGACAGCAGCAAUCACUGACUGUAUUCCAUAUCUCAACGGUCGUAUUGUUGAGGGUGCUCGUUAUGAAGGUGAUCACUCGGUUUCAAACGAAUACAUUGGAUCUUGUGCGGAUAAGUCCGGCGAUGGUAGCAACUGGACUCAAGAAUACAAGGACUCCCUUCGUCUUUUCUGGGAGGCACAAGUUGAUGCGUAUGGAGAACGCUACUUCUUCUGGACAUGGAAGACUGAGCUCGGCGCUGAUUGGUCUUACCAACGUCUCCUUGAGCUUGGUGUCUUACCUCAAGACCCAACUGACUGGACACCAAGAUGUUAA